AUGACCCAGACGAUUGCGUUCAAUGAAGUCAACGAAGCCGAUGAACCCCCACCCUAUGACCCCCGGAAAGCGGACAUUUGGGCGAUAGGGAAUGUUGUCUGCUAUCUGCUGGAGAAGGAAGGGGCCAAACCUCACUACGAGACCGAGCUUCAAGAGUUUGGAGAAUGGCUGACGAAUGAUAACCCGAAAGAGCGACCGACGUUAGAUCGGGCCAUAGAACGUCUCGAUAAGAUAGUUGCUGCUCCAUUAGCUACUCAAAUUGUCGAGAAUGCUUCAGCUUCGUACACUGACCGCCUUCCCAUUUCACCCCGAUCCUUUUAG